CACACAUCAAGACUUUGCUACUGGAGUUGAGCAGUUGCAUUCAGCAUUAUGGCAGGCUUUAGGCAUCAGCUUCGGUAUCUUAUUUACCGAAACCUGCUGCUGAAAAGAAGAAACAAGAAACAGUUGUACCAGGAGCUGCUGUUUCCGUUGCUGUUUGUCAUCCUGAUUGGCUUCAUGGGCAGCAACUUAAACACGGAGCGCUAUGAUCCCCUGGGCUACGGUGCGUUUCACAGUUACAAGCUGCUGCAGCCCAACGGCAACGAUUCCUUCCUGCCGGACGCCAGCAAGGCGUGGGCGUUCACUCCCAACACGACCCAAACCUGGCCAGUCAUGCUGGCCGUCAACGCAUCCUUCGGCAGCGACGCGCCCCCCGAGUUCCUGGCCUUCGACAACGAGGAGGACAUGGUGACCGCCUACAACAAUUCGUACCAAGACCUGUUCACGAUCGGUAUCGUGUUCAGCGGGGAGUACCCUACCGACUUGACAGUCGCCAUACGCAUGCCAAAAUUUGAUGUGCCAGAUACUGAUGCCGAUUCGCGGUUCAUCGCCUCAUCAAGGUGUCGGUCUAGAAACGAAAAGAAUCCUGGACUUGCUCGGUGCGGAACAAACAGAUACCUGUUUACUGGAUUUGCAGCCCUUCAGACUGUUCUGCAAAAUGCCAUUCAUUCGCAACUGGCAAGCGGGCCCCUCGAUCUGCCCGACUUUUCCGUGCGAAUGUUACCCGUCGGUGCGAGCACGUCCAGUUCCGGUGAUGACCCCAUGAGGAUCAUUAUUGUGAUCUUCUUUGUCUUACUGUACGGCAUUUUUGUGGCCGUGCUGCUGACCAAUCUCGUGUACGAGAAGGAGAAGAAGAUUAAGGAGACCAUGCUGAUGAUGGGAAUGUCCAACGCUGCCUUCUGGCUUGCCUGGUUUAUAAUCUACAUUGUCAUCCUGUUCGUUUUAUCUCUUGUCGUCACUGUAUUGUUUGGCCCUCUCAUCGGCACCUUCCGCAAGUCGAACUUCGGCGUCAUUUUCCUUACCCUUUUCUUCUACGGAAUGUCACUGGUCAGUUUUUCCUUCAUGCUGACACCGUUCUUCAGCAGGUCCUUAGUGGCAGGAGCGGCCGCUACGGUGGUCGUCUUGAUUCUUGGAUUGAUCUACAUCCCGUUUGGCCUCUUUGAAAUCACUACCGUCGUCAAGUGGCUUGUUUCGUUCUUCUCACCUGUGGCAUUUGCUCUCGCAAUGGAUCAGGCUUUGUCUUUGGAGGAGAUCCAAGUAGGGGUCCAAUUUAAUAAUCUUAUCGUAGAUGGUUUCCCGCCCUACAUGGUCAUGCUUCUAAUCGACACUGUACUUUACCUACUGCUGGCCGUCUACUUUGACAACGUCAUUCCAGGGAACUACGGUCAGAACAAGGUCCCUUGGUUCUGCUUCAUGCCAUCGUAUUGGCGCAAGAGCUCAAUGGGAAACCUGGUGGACAGCCUCAGCGAUCUGGAGACUAUGCAACUCAACGGUCAAGACGAUGUGGAACAGGUCUCUGCCGUGCUGAGGGCAAAAGCUGGCGUUAGGAUUCGCAAUUUGUCCAAGACGUACAAAGGAAAUGGACAAAACAACCCCGAUAUUCUUGCUGUCAGAGGAAUGAGCCUGGACAUCUAUGAGGGCCAGAUCACCUGCCUGCUGGGCCACAACGGGGCCGGUAAGACCACCCUGAUCAACACCCUGACUGGCCUGAUAACGGCCGACAGCGGCCAGGCCACCAUCUGUGGCUACAGCAUCCGGGAUCCCAUACAGAUGCAGAAGAUCCGGUCCAUGAUGGGGGUGUGUUCCCAGGACAACACGCUGUUUGAUGUUCUGUCUCCGCGCGAACACCUCAAAGUGUACGCUGGACUGAAGGGCGUACCUUCACAGGAAAUUGAUAUGCAGGUGGAUAAAAUCUUGAAACUCACCAUGCUUGACGAGUCGGCCGACACCAAGUCUAAGGAUCUCAGCGGGGGACAGAAACGCAAACUCUGCGUUGGAAUCGCGCUCAUCGGUGACCCCAAGAUUCUGUUUCUUGACGAGCCGAGUAGCGGCAUGGACCCCUACUCUCGCCGGCAGCUGUGGAAUCUCUUGAAAAGCCAGCGACAGGGACGGAUCAUGGUGCUCACCACACACUUCAUGGAUGAGGCGGACAUCUUGGCAGAUCGUAAGGCCAUGAUGUCAUUGGGGCGUCUCCGUUGCUAUGGGUCUUCCCUCUUCCUGAAAAACAGAUUUGGCAUCGGAUACCACCUUGGCAUGGUGGUAAAGAAGAGCGCUCACAUUGACAAAAUCACGGAGCUGGUGACAACCCACGUCCCGGAGAGUGUGGUCUCCCGCAGUCACGGCAUGGAACUGGCCUAUACCCUACCAAUACAGGAUGCUAACAAGUUCCCUGAUCUCUUCCAAGCCCUUGAGUCUGAUGCUGGCAUGCAAGGCGGCACGGUUGCCAAGCAACUGGGCAUCAAGUCAUACGGGGUUUCCAUGACGUCGCUGGAGGAAGUCUUUCUGAACAUCAGCGACGAGGAGAAUGAAGAGAAUGAGCCGAUUGAGGAAGCAGAUAUUGUCCAGACAUCAGACAUUGCACCGAUUAACCCAGGACGCAGUAGAAACUACAAGUCGAUGGGAGACCAGUCGAUGGCCCUGAAUGUGGAGCAUUUGAUCACCAAGCCGUUGCAGCCCGGCAAGUACCAGAUCAGGGCGUUGUGUAAACUGGAGUUCCUGCAGAUGCUGCGCAACCCCAGAACGUACAUAUUCCGUCUGCUCUUUCCCAUCGUCCUCCUGGUAGCGUGUGCCAUUGUGACCGGCGUGGUGCAACCUGAUGAUGGUAUAAACAAAGACCAGCCGGAAUUGGCCCUUGACCCCACACUGUACCUGAAAACAACGGCCUCAUCGCCGCUGAGUGGUCUGACGAAGUUGCUGUACCAGAACAACUUGACUAGUGGUCAGGACAUCGAGCUUCUCAAGAAGGAAUUUGAACGCAUGAAAUUGAUCAGUGACGAAAUCACCGAUAUGAGUCUAGUGAAUUCAAAAGCUCCGCGUAGCAUGGCUACUGUGGCGAAUGACUUGGGUACAACUGGCAAUGCACCAGCGUUCCUGGCACUGUAUAACAGCACAGCCCAGCACUCUAUCCCCGUCAUCUUAGGGUUGCUGAACAACGCCAUCGCCCGCCUGCAGGCGCCAGGCAAGGAUUUGAAAGAUGUGAUCAUCGCCAGCAAGCCCUUCCCUAGGCAGAUUUUCGGAGCGACGAUCAAUUACACCUUCCUCUUGGUUCUGCUAGUGGCUUUAUCCGUCAGCCUGCUCCCCAUAGGAUUUAUCACUGAGGUUGUGAAACUCAGACAGGAGAAGAUACGCACCCAGCUUCGCGUCUCGGGGGUCAAAAUGACCCAUUACUGGGCCUCCCACCUGCUGAUAGACGGCAGCCAGCUGUAUCUGAUUGCUGCCGUUGGUAUCGUCGUCAAUCUGGCCACAGGCUUCGCAGUGGGUGGCUCCGCGUUCACCACAGCAGGGGCAAUCGUCUGCCUCAUUGUCUUCAUAAUCUUCUACAUUCCCUUGGAGGUCCUUUUCUGCUACUGUCUCAGCUUUCUCUUCAGGGAGUUCAAGACGACCCAGUCGAUGGCUCAGUUUUUUUACAUAUUCUUACCCGUCAUUCUGAUGACUAUUGUACUGAUAUUUGAUGCCACAAACUCCCAGGCUGUUGCCAUGAUUAUGCAUUACGUAAUGUGCGUCCUGUGGCCACCCUACAUUAUCUUUGGUGAGAUGUAUUACUUCAAUCAGAUCUAUGAUGGUGCGAAGUUCAACAAACAAUUGGAUCAGCUCACCUUCGGUUACUAUCUUGACUUUAAUCAAAAAAUUCUGCCAACCAUUAUCUGUGUCGUGGGUGAGCUCGUCCUGUUCACCUUCUUGCUGUACGUCCUGGAGAUCCGCUCAACCGGAGGUUCACUGUUGGAGGAAUGGAAGUGCAGAAAGAGGCAAGGCGGGGCCUUCAACAGAGACAUCAUUGAGAACGAGGACCCCGAUGUCAAGGAAGAGAGGGAGAAAGUCCAAGCAAUCUUUGACCAAGGUCUUAAUACUGAGAAAUGUGUCGUGGCAGCAUCAGGCAUCCGCAAAGAAUUUGAUCGGUCCAAGGGCUGCUGCCGGAAGCAACACAGCAACAAGUUGGCCGUCCGUAACCUGUCACUGAGCGUGAAUGAAGGGGAAGUCUUUGGCCUACUGGGACCCAACGGAGCUGGUAAAACCACUUCCAUGAACGUCAUCGCAGCAGAUACUGAAGCUACCAAAGGACAGGUCCAAAUUGCCGGCUAUGAUAUCACCUCCUCUCUGAGCGAAGCCUUCCAAGUCAUGGGCUACUGCCCUCAACACGAUCCGCUGUACUCCCAUGUGACAAUGCAGGAACACCUGGAGGCCUAUGGGUUGAUUAAGGGCAUUCACCCUACCGACGUCAAGACCGUGGCUCAGCAUUUCAUGGAUGCCCUGAACAUCACGCAGCAUGCAAGCAAGAAACCUUCAGAGCUGUCAGGGGGCACCAAGAGAAAGCUAUGUUUUGCUAUCAGCAUGCUGGGCAAGCCAAAGAUUGUCUUUCUGGACGAGCCGUCGACAGGAAUGGAUCCUACCUCCAAACGUUUUGUCUGGAACACCAUCAUUGCCAGUUUCCGUGACGACAGAGGAGCUGUCCUGACGACGCAUUACAUGGAGGAGGCAGACGCCGUGUGCUCCCGCGUUGGCAUUAUGAUCUCUGGCAGGUUAAUGUGCUUGGGUACGACCCAGCAUCUUAAGGGCAAGUACGGAGGCGGCUAUCUGCUAGAAGCCAAGCUCAACCCUGGAGAGGCCUACUACUCCAUGGACCACACCACGGGGGAAGCUACGCGGCUGCUGGAGCAGAAGAUGCAGGCGCUGGACGACAAAAUCCACCACGUGUUUCCCUCGGCGGAGACAGUUGAGAACUUUGGGGAGCGGGUGACUUACAAGAUUCCCAAAGAGGAUGUCGGAUCGCUGGCGAGGGUCUUCGCUGCCUUGGAAGAAGGCAAAGAGACGUUAAACAUUGAGGAAUACAGCUUCAGCCAAGCCACCCUAGAACAGGUUUUCAUUGAGUUUGCCAAGAUGCAACGCGACGAUGACCAGCCUUAUCAGCGGCAUCAUCAAGUAGCGUGGAACAACGCAGACCCGCACGUUGUGGUGGCAUAGGUAUACACUUCUACUAGGAUUUUGAUAGACCAACGUAUAUGUGGAGUGCCUUGGUGCAGUGAUUACUGUGUCCAACUCAUGGAACCUGGUACUUGUGUUCUCGGGCAAGACACUUUACUACAAUCGCCUCUCUCCACCCAGGAGAAUAAAUGGGUACCUGUGAGGGUAGUGACCAGAUUGCCCUGAUCUCGAGGCUCGAGCUGCUGCAGAAAAUUGGUCUCAUGGCCUGAUGAACGGGGAAAUGAUUGCAGAGAGCUUCAAGACUUUGGUAUAAAGCGCUAUAUAAGCAACACAUUAUUAUUAGUAGUAGUAAUAAAGUAAACUCCGGAUAAAACGUCAUAUCGCUUAAAUCGGCCGUCUGACGAAAGUCCCGAAUGUCUCUAAUGUAUUUUCAUUGACAUUUUCAUUUCUAAUACGGCCUUUGUAAGCGGCCAUUUCGCCCAUUUCCUCAAAACCACACAAAUUCCUCUGUAUAAGUCGGCAUCGUGCUCUGCAGUUUGCAAGAAGUGUCAGUGAAAAGUCCCACACACUGCUAACUGACAUCUGUUUAUCAAUGGC